AUGCCUGGGGACGAAUUACCCAUGUAUCCUACGCCUCAGCAGGCGGCCUAUGUUGUUGGAAAUACUCCUCAAUCAAGCAGAAGUUACAAUUCGAAUCCAACGGGUGGUCAAAAUAUGCUGUACCGUCCACUGAAUAAUGCUAAGUACUCAAAUCCACAGUAUGGUCAGCCUCUGAUGCCUGUUGUGCAAGGCAAUUACACAUCUCAAAGUCAUCAACAACAUUAUCAAGCUCCUCCUCCACCACAAGUCCAAGCACAUACACAACAAUACUAUCCUCCAACACAGCAACAAUACUAUCCGCAGCAGCCAGUUGCAGUUGCACCAGCACCGGCCCCAACAGCACUACCAGCACCCCCACUGCAUCCCAGUCAACAAUAUUACCUGCUGUACCAGAAUCCUCCUCAACAGGUACAUCAACAUCAGCAACAACUGAACCAUAAUCUGUCAUCUCAGCAUCGCCCACCUGUACCGCCUCAGCCACAAGUUCCUCAAGCCAGGUAUCCACUGCAAGAAUCACCACUGUCUCAGAGGGCUCCUAGCGGACAAAGUUACAAUUCUCCACAGGCCACUCAACCCAGCCAUCAUAAAAAGCCGCCGCCUAUGAAUGGCCAAUAUAACUCAAAUAAUAAAUCGAAGGACUCGCUUCCGGAAAAAGUUAAUUCAAAGCAGAAAUUAGAGAACGAAUUGAGAUCUGUAUUUGAGAAAGUUGAUACUUCCAGAAAUGGUAAAAUAUCUGCAAAAGAAUUAUCUUUGGCAUUAUUGAAUUUUGAUCAUAGCAGAUUCCAAGAUUCUACAGUAAUACUAAUGAUCAAGCUUUUUAGUAGCUCAAAUGGGUCACCUCAAAAUCUGAAAUACAUCAAUUUUGACCAAUUUGUUUCUCUUUGGAAAUACCUCUCCGCCUACAAAAAACUUUUUAUACAAGCUGACACGAACAAAUCUGGAGAUAUCUCAUUUGGCGAAUUUCAAAAGAUUUUGGAACAGAUUGGUUAUAAAUUAAAUGUUGAUUUAGUUUUACAUUUAUUCCUGCGUUUUUCGUACAAGGAUGCAGACUCUGGUUUUGAUAAUGGAAUAAAUGUCGGAAAGUUGAAAUUCGAUGCUUUUAUUGAGUUGUUGGUAUAUUUGAGAAAAUUAACUGAUGUGUUUAAAAAGUAUGAUAAGGAUUUGUCAGGAGUUGCAACAAUCAACUUUCUGGAUUUUCUUUUCGAGGUGAGUAAUUUAUCAUAG